UUCAAGGAGCGCCCACGCACGGUAACGGCAAUGAACCGCUAUCAGUACCUACACAGUCAAGCGCCUGCAUGCACGCGACAUGUGCAAAACCAAAAAUAUAGAUACCUCGGUAGCUCGGUAGUUUGGGCGAAGCAACACAGUUUAGAAAGGCCGAAGACCUCGGUAGCGUCGGACCCGGGCAAAUCUGCCCGCGUCCGCGCGCUGCAGCUCAGCAGCAGCGAUGCCACCGUGCCCUGCGCACGCCGUGGGGUGCACCGCAUCGGGCCAUCCGGCCGUGCCCUGCGCACGUCAUAAAGGGAGGCCCGAGCCCGACCGCAGCAGGAACCUACGCCGAGGAGGCCGGCGCGCCGCCGCGCCGGGCGCGGGCCGGCCGUGCUGCCAGAGGAGAGCAGAGGAGGGGAGCAGCAGGCAGACGACGCGAGCGCGCGCGCGCGGGGCCAGGACCAGUGGGGGCGGGCGUGCAGGCGGGGGGGGCGAGGAGGAGGAGGAGGAGGAGGAGCAGGAGCAGGAGGAGGAGGCGGAGGAGGAGGAGGCGGAGGAGGAGGAGGAGCACCUGCCCCUCGGUGCCGCACGGUGCGCAAACGUGGAGCCCGCUGCCGACAGCAAGAUCAGCCACUGUCGUGCGGCCGUCUCGCCUGGAUCGCGGCAGGCAGUUGCACAGUUUGUACAGCAAGCACCUGCUGAACGAGCACAAAUUGCCUUGCUGUCUGUAGCCGUGCAACCCUGGCGGACGCGAGGACACACCGAGUGAAACAACUCAGCGGAAUGUACAAGUUGAGAACGUUCCCUGGAAGAGGAAGGGGGAGGGGAAGGAGAAAGCGGCGUGCUCUCGCCGAAGCGGCCUGGACGUGCACGCGGCCUGACCGCCAGCGCGCACGGAUGACCAUGCGGAGGGCACUCCGUAACACCACUCGCAUGACCACUCAAAUCGUGACACACGACCGGAACGAUGAGGAAAAAAAUAGAGGAAAGCUUCGACAGGAGACGGGAGAGGAUCAUCGGCGGCGCGCAAGGUGGCCUCACAGGGCGUCGCAGGACUUACCGCUCCACGGCUGCGCGCCAGGCUACGGCACCCUGUGAAACAAAUGCACCCUUGGCGGUAGAAUGCCCUGAACAAAUUCUCAGGGUAGCACACGGAACAUCAUGAAGAGUCCAUAACCUG